GCGCCAGGCGCUCUCUUUUGUUUCUGGCAUGAGAGGCUGCUGUGCCGUUUCCACGCUGCUGGGAGCGACCGCGCGGGCCGCAUCAGAACUCGUCGCGCGGGCGGCGCUUGCGGAAGUGAAGGACCCCUUGGUCUCCACCACGGUCUGCAUCAGCGAGCCCGCGUCCUCCAGGGCGGCGCCCCCGCGCGCGCCGGCGGCCCUCUCCGCCCUGGCGGCAGCCUGGCGCCCCAGCACGCGCUGCAGCAGCGAGGAGGCUGGCGCCGUCGGCUGGUGUUCUGGUGCCUUCCUCCGGACGUUAGAAGAACGAAUGGCGGCAUAACUAUGACUUCUAGGAUUAGGAGGUGCGCGCGGAUUUCUUACAUACGCGCUGAACCGCCCUUCCUGGCGCGCCAGGAUCGGCGACAGAGGCGCAGCCAGGGGGGCCCAGCGCCGAUCCAACAAAAAGUCCGCGGCGACCCUCGAGAAAUCAGGUAUGUGCCUCAUUGGUCCUCCGAGAUGUUCCGCUGCGGGCCCGCCGGCGCCGAGCCUCGCUGGAGCACGUCACCCGCCCUCGAGGCGGGCUUCAGCUGGGCACGCGCGAGCGCGCCCCAUGCCUGCAGCGCCAGCACGGCAAGCAAGAAGAGGCCCCUGGGUGCCAUGGUAAGCAAGGGCUCCCAACUUCGCGCUUCGCGCUGCGCGAAGCGCGAAGUGCGAAUAACUUCGCGCUCUCGCGCCGCCUCCCAGGGGAGAAGAGGAGGGUGAGGAGGAGUCGGAGCCGAACCGCGAAGCGCGAAGCGCGAAUAACUUCGCGCCCUCGAGGGCGCCCUUGGUAAGAAGUAUGUCUGGAUGGAACGUGACAGCUGAGCCGGUGGGCGUAGAACGUGAGCCUGAGCUAGUCGCCUUAAGCCAAAAUGGAGUGCAGUUUUGCACUCGCGGCCACAACGGGCGUCAUGGGGGGGAGAGGCGGGGGGGAGAGG